AUGAGUACAGCGACUGAUUUACCAUCUUCUGCAAACCGAGGUGAUGCACUAGAUGCCUUACCACCACCUUACACUGCGGCUGAAGCCCCCCAAUAUGAAAGACCGUCUUAUACUGAAUCUACCAGUACAUCUGGGUCUGCAACUACCAAAUUUCCGCCUGUCAUGAACGGAUAUUUUCAACUGAAAAUUACAACCACAUUCCACCUUGGGCCGACCGCGGAAGAAAAGUUGUACGCCGUGUCAACCCCUGCGACUAUUUUCAAUAGCAAACCCUCGCUCGUGUUACACGACGGUCCAACUAAUAAGCACCCGGCAAUGGCAACGGCACGCGAUGAUAAGUGGGGAAGAAUUAGGCCUAUCACAAUCACACUCCCACCUCGUCCAGGGUCUCAACAUAAACAUGACAUCGUGGAACAGGUCGUUCCCGGUGGGUCGUUCAAGCAUAUUUCACCUAGCUACUCAUUCGAAAUACCCGUCGGCCCGAAGGGAACAACACCAGAGAGAUUUGAAUGGCGUAACAGCCAGGGCAAUGAAAUCAAAGAUCUCGCUGGUUCUUCUUCUGGAUGGAAACUAGUGCGCUUGGCAGCACCAGUGAAGAACAGCGUAGGCGGGAGCAGAAAGCAGCGCGAUCGGGGUUAUACUAGUGAUGGGCUGGAGAUUGUCGCUCUUAUCGCACACAACACUUCGUGGAGCAUGACCAAACGGUUUCGAUUUACUUUCAUGGGUACUGGGCUGACUGGUACCUUGGGCGAGAAUUGGGAGAUUUUUGUCGUUACUUCCGCUAUCCAACUGUGGUACAUCGACGUCGAAACCAGGUCUGCUGCAGGUGCUGCCGCCUCUUAA